UGGUGAGUGUUUUCUCAAUUUACUUGUCUGAUGUGAAGUUUAGAAAUUAAAACUGUUGCGCUCAGUGCAGUUUGAUAAAGUUUUAAUUACCGACUUUGCCGAUAGUAAUAAAGCUCAAACGAUUGGGAGUGGAGAGUGUUUCCAUAUCAAGUAAUUGGAGGAGCAAUAAUUAUAGCAAUGGCUUUGGUAUUACUUGCGGCCGUAAGCUACCAAUGUACGGCGACGUGGAAGUGGAUUAGAGAAAAGACGUGUCGAGAUUUAUCGGAGGGAGAGGAUUGUCUUGCAAAGCAAACUUCAAUUUGUAUUAGUCACUCGCUGCCAGACCUUCAAACCGAGCCGCUCAAAAAGGAAUACGUACAGGAACACAAGGAUUCAAUUAAAAAGGUAUUACGUCAAACCACGCUUCCGAUAGUUCCAACUCGUCAUCAGACGUUCCAAAGACAACUGUCACACCGUUUAGAAAUGCCUUCUACAAUUCAAUUUAGUAUUUGCAGUUUGGAACACAAAAGCGAAUCAAGCAUUGUUGGCCUUAUAAAGCCCGAAUUGUACAAGAAGGAUUUGGUGAGGCAAUCCUCCAACGACAGCUCUGGCGGUCCCGAAAUGGAGUACUGCGGAAAAUUACAUUUCGCCCUACGUUACGAUAAGGACGUCGAAGGGCUGGUUGUUAAGGUAUUGGAAUCGAGAGACUUGCCAAUUAAGGAUGUCACCGGUAGCAGCGAUCCUUAUGUAAAACUUUAUCUACUGCCUGAUAGAAAAAAGAAGUACCAAACGAAAGUGCAUAGAAAAAACUUGAAUCCCGUCUUCAAUGAGACCUUCAUAUUUAGUGUACCGUACGAGGAAUUAAAGCAGCGGUACCUUCAGUUUUCCGUAUACGAUUUCGACAGAUUCUCAAGACACGAUCUUAUCGGGCACGUAGUUUUAAAAGGACUCUUAGAAACGGCCGAUCUUCAACAGGAGAUCGAGUACACAAUGAAUAUAUUGUGUCCUCCACAGGACAAAGUUGAUUUGGGAGAGAUCAUGUUAUCGUUAUGUUAUCUGCCGACCGCCGGACGACUUACUCUGACCGUUAUUAAAGGACGAAAUUUAAAGGCGAUGGAUAUUACCGGAAAAUCGGAUCCUUAUGUUAAAGUAUAUUUGCUUUGCCAAGGGAAAAGGAUAAAGAAGAAAAAAACGACUGUGAAAAAAUCCACUCUGUGUCCCGUUUAUAAUGAGGCGCUUGUUUUUGAUGUUCCUGCUGAAAAUAUAGAAGAUGUUAGUAUGAUUGUUAAAGUAAUCGACUAUGACAGAAUUGGAUCUAAUGAACUAAUGGGAUGCACGGCGAUAGGUUCAAGCUUUAUAGGCAUAGGCAAAGACCACUGGUUAGAAAUGUUAGACAAUCCAAGACGACCAGUAGCACAGUGGUACCCACUUAUUGAAUCCGUACCAGGGUAUAUUCCUCCAUCCUCAACCGACACACUACCGUUAAGUCUGAGCUGCUUAAAUAGCAGGUGAAGUUCGCCCUCGAUCUGCACUGGAUUGCGAAAGAAAUCAAUUUGAGGGAGGUGCUAAUUUGGGUUGUGUUUGCUCAAAUCCUUCAGCGUCAUCAUCAUAAUGUGAAAACGUACCCCGAAGUUUGAAAAAAAUAUGUGGUUGCUCUCCGAAAAAAAGCCCAUUGAUGUAUUUUUCUAACGUGAUGUAAAAUGAUAUAUUUAUACAGUUUUUGCUGCAUCUAGAAUUAAUAAACACUGUGUGAUUAAUUGGUAAUUUCGUAAGCUAUUUGUUAUUAUAAUGUGUAAGCAAAAAUACUGUUAUAUAUUUGUAGUUGAACUGAUACUGAUAUUAUAUCGCAGUCAUAAGCUCAAAAUGCGUACAUAAGAUAUUUAUUUACUUACUGCCCUUUUUAAGUAAAAAAUAUUGUAGGUAUACUUUAUAUACUGUGCUGAAACUAAAGUCUGUAAAUUGAAUGUUUGUGUA